CCCGCCUGGCCUGGGCGUGCGCUGGCAGCUUGUGGCAGCGGCGGUUACCCGUCCUGUCCCGUCCCGCCUCCACUCCCAUUCAGUCUUUACCCUCUUCUUGUUGGCGCCAGGGCCGUGCGAGCGGCAGAGGUCCGGUCCCGUCAGUGCGUGGAGUGGACGGAGUGGAGCGGCGCUUUGCCAUUGUCGUCUGCUGGCUCGUGAGGGGACAGCCCGCCGCGGACAUAGGUGGAUUGGCAAGUCAUCGGGGCCCUGACAUCCUCGACUUCGCACUGCUCCCGCAGCCGCCGGUGUGCGCCGACUCGCAGUAGGACGCCAGCAUGGACGCCGGAGCGAUACCCCGAUUCAGGAACCCUUUCCCUGAGAGGCCAUGGGUCGCCCGCACUGGGGCUCCCUUGGCGGCCCCGAGCUCCAACAAGGGGCUCAAAGGAGUGAUCGCAGGUGGAAUCACAGGUGCUUUGGAAAUCACCAUCACAUAUCCCACCGAAUUUGUCAAAACACAGCUCCAGCUUGAUCAGAAGGGAACUGCUGGUGCUGCUGGAGCUGCGGGAGCACAGAAGCAAUACACAGGCAUUAUAGAUUGUGUUAAAAAGACUGUACAGCAAAAAGGAGUCCUUGGAUUAUAUCGAGGUCUCAGUGUCUUAAUUUAUGGCUCCAUUCCAAAAUCUGCAGUACGGUAUGUCCACAGUUUCCACUGACAAUUUUAUUGCAUC